AUGAUAUCAAAUAUUUUAUUUUUAACUUUAAUGUGUAUAUGGAGUGUAGCAAGUGACUUAGAAGCGGUUAAUGGAAGAAUUAAAAUUACAACAUUGACAACUGCAGGAUGUAUCCCUACACGUAAUUUUAUUACUAACCAACUGACUCCGACUUAUGCAGUAUAUGGAGAAUACCUGGAUAUCGAAUAUGUGCCUUGGGGAAGAACUACACGUCAUCCCAAUGGUACAUAUGAUAAUUGUCAGUUUUCACCAAAUAACUGCUGGGCUAAUCGCCUACAUAGAUGCGUGUUAAAUUUUCUGAAAGACAAUCAAGAUGCUCAAGUGAAAUAUAUGGGUUGUGAGUUCGGCAUACCACAGCCAGCGUUUGAAGAGAGCAGCUAUAUUUGCGCUCAAAACGAGGGGCUCAAUUUGGUAGAAGUCGAUUACUGUGUGAGACAUCCUUUCCUAGAUGAUUUGGACGACAUUGCAGAAGAAGCAUCAAGAGCACCAAUGGAUCCGGUUGAAGGAAUAAAUAGUUUACCUGUAAUAGUUUUUAACGAUACGAUUGACAUGAGACUUCAUACACAAGCCAGAGAUCGAUUGCAAAAUAUGGUAUGCCUUGCGUUAGGCAACAGUAAUGAUACUGCUAUAUCGAUUUCAUCUUGUCAAAAAACUGAAACUGGAUAA